AUAACAGGUUAUUCUAUCGAGGGCAUUUCUCUUACUGACCCUGACAUCAGCAUGAGACCUGGAAUUAUACCUUCUUUGAUAAAAGAUCUUAUGCAGAAAAGGGUUAUACUUGUUCGGUCUCCUCCCUAUUCUGGAAAAACGUCAUUAGCACAGCUUUUGGAGAAUUACUUAGUUCAAUCACAAGAAUUUUCAGAAUACAGAGUAAUAAGAAUUUCAAUGAUUUGGGCAUCAUUUGUGAAAAUGAAAUGUAAUUGGGAGACAUUUGGAACGGUAUGGGAGAAGAUUAUUGGUGUAAGCUGGAUUGAGUGGAUUGGACAGUGCAGAAGUAUUCCAUCAAUUUUGAUAAUGGAUGAAGUUCAAAAGAUCUAUAAGGACAAGCAUGAAUUUGACGAAAAUAUGAAGAAUACAGAAACUGCAAUGGAGUUUUGGGAUACCGUUAAGGCCAGCCUUCAAGGAUUAUCAAAUUUUUAUAUAAUUAUGUUUGGAGCCUAUGGAUACGGUGCUAAUUUUGCAGGACUUUCAACCACAAUACCAGCAGAUAACUGCAAAAGUCUCCUUGACAUCAAAUUUACCGAUGAUGAGCUAUGGAGCUAUGUUAAAAAUUUCUGCAACAGGCACUUUGUAUUAUUAGAUAAUAACACUCUUAAUGACAUCAUCUCAAAAUUUAAUAAAUAUAUUCAAAAAGCAACGGCAGGACAUGUGGGUUUAGUUCGUCACAUAUUGCAUAAUACAAAAAGUGCAAUGGC